AUGGCUAAGCGCGCAUCUUCCCUCCCUAUCGAAUGGCCGCACUGGGAUGCGGCCGCGCCAGCGGCCCCUACGAGGACCACACUCAAAGCUUGGGCAACAAGCCUGCCCGCGCUUGAGGAACAUGGUACGUGCUCCAUUGGCGAUGCGGACGGCGCCCGAGACGAUGUCAAUUUCCAUGCAGAUGGCGGCGGGCGUGGAGAUGAGGACGACAGUAUGGAGGUGGAUGGCUCGGAGGCGGGGGAGCGCCCGAUGGGAGCGGGGAACGUGUCGGAGGUGAAGAUGGAGGGGAAGAAGACGAAGGAGGGGGCGCAGCGAGAGUCGAGUAGAGAGUCGGUGAGCAGCAGCGAGUCGGGAGAGAGCAGCAGCGAGUCGGGAGAGAGCAGCAGCGAGUCGGGGGAGAGCAGCAGCGAGUCGGGGGAGAGCAGCAGCGAGGUGGCGGAGGAGGCUGACAAGGAGGGGAGGAAGUCUAGUGCGGAUGAAGACUCGGAGGAAGAGGGUAGUUCCACUGCCGAUAGAGGGUCUAAGGGCAGUGCCGGUGUGGGCGAUGAUGGCGACGGUGGGGAAGAGGGGAGCGGCACGGCAGACGAUGGUGAGGCGGACGAGUCGGGUGACGAGGAAGAAGGCCCUGGUGUGCCCGAUCCCGCUACUCGCCCAAGCGGUCCACCGCGGGCGCGCCAAUCCCUCGGUCUCUACGACGAAGCGGGGUACCGCUACUGCGGGAAGGUGAUGAACUGGGAUGAAUGUCGUUAUAUGAUCGCUGACGAAAGUUGGCAGUGCCUGCGCUACGGGAUUCCCAAGGCGAACGGGCGCUUCAACGUAACCUGGUGCAGCUCCGAGUUCGGAAGAGGCACGAUGUGCGACCGGUGCCGCUGUUCGACGUAG